GCGGGACUGCCCGCAGUCGACCCUUGACAUUCUUGGAGUUAGGUCCAGGAGACCAGAGAAGAUUGAGGAGAGAGGCUAGAGAGAGAACAGCGGCAAGGAGAGCGAGGGCAGUUGAGGAUAGUGCCAAGACUAGAGUCUCAGCUAGUACAGGUGCAACCAUGGCUACCUCAGCUAUGUCGCAAGUCUCUACACAGUCCACUUCGUCAGGAGUCAGUCAGAGUGGUUCUCAGGUUUCAACUAGUCAGAUUGCUAGCUUGCGAGUCAGCCCGCAAAUUCAACUCACGCCGGAGGACUUAGAAAUCCGGCAAGCAGAAGAACUUCAGGAUGAGCUACAGGGGCAGUUGGACGAGGCAGCAGAGAGGAGAAGAAAAGCCAUACUUAGGAAGGCUAGACUAGGGAGUAGAAUGCAGGAGCUAGGAAGACUGGAAGCACUAGAUGAGGUAGCAUUAGACCCUGUUGGUCGUGUGCUGCGUAAUGCUUUACUUUCGGUAGCUGAAGCGCACAACGUCCAGCAGGAAUUGCUGGCCAAAUUGGUUGCAGGCCAGAAGCAAAUCUUGGCUGAACUUCGGGCUCCUCGCAUAGCAGGCUACGGUCAGGAUUUCGAUGUCUGGGCUCAGGCUCAGACAUUGGAACAAUUCGUACGGUCCGUCUACAACAGGUGGCAUGACCCGCAAGGGGCUCAAAAGGCCACCGAUGCUAUCAACAACCUUUUUUCCCUCAGGUUCAAGGAUGUUAGAGAGCUUACGGACACCGUAGAACACCUUCUCGUGGUACCUGGUGUGCGUUUUGACCAGCAGGUUCUCCUGACGGAUCACCUAAGGUGCCUACCUGCAGAGGUAAGGACCAAGCUGGUUGACGAGGCCUAUGUCGAACAGCACACCUUCGCUUCUUUUAGUAAGAAAGCUCUGGACAUAGAGGCCAAGCUGGGAUCUGCGCAUAAGGUAUCUCACGAUGGUAGGAAGAGACUCCCCCAAGACUGGAAGAAGAAGGGUCAGUUGAUGUUCGUAGACCAUGAUGGUCAAACGACGGAGAUUGACGAUUUCCCAAACCUUGGGGAAGGGACAGAGCAGGAUGGGGCUAGUGAGACUUCAGAUGGUGAAGUCGUGGCGCCCAUCAAAGAAAAGGUUAGGGGGACCGGGAAGAAGAAGGCAGGACGGUCCACGGGUCAGGGAGACCAAGGGACACCCACAUGGGUAAAGCUUGGUUUGGAUUACGAGGACUUGCCGCGGCAAGGAGGUCACCACGAAGGUAGCCUCACCAAUGGUGGUGGGCUUAUCUUCGAACCCUGGGAGUGCUUUUGCGAGCAGCUCACAGGGAAACACCUCGGGCCAGUACGAGUGUUAGCCGCUCUUACUCGUGCUGAAGUGGUAACGUUGCCUUCCCCACUUCAGGCGUUGGCCAAGGCUAGUGACCCACGCAUCGCCCCGCAGACACAUUCAGACCCACCGACGCUCUGUUGGAGAGAUGUGUCUGACGCCCUAGAAGAGUUAGAGACUGAGUGGUCAGGGAAGGACCCCAGGGACUCUUGGGCGAUGAUCAGUAGAGGUCCAAAGGGUGAACAUUUCGUGGUAGAAGUAGAUGUAGGUGGCCGCAAGGUUGGCGCCUUUGCAAACAUAGGCUCUACACGAAAUUUCAUCAGUCGUGCUUGUGUGGAUAGACUGCGCUUAGGGGACCGAGUGCAGCGGCUUAGCAGGACUGUAGCUUCUACGCUAGCCAACAAGCACCAAAUGGUUGUCAACGACUAUGUUAAGGACAUAGCAUGCACCUUCUCCUAUGGAGGAGGGGAAGUGAUCCACAAGAUCUUCUUCCUAGUUAGCGACGAACUGCCAUUCGAUAUGUUACUGGGCAUGUACUACCUCGAAGUCUCGCAACCUCAGUUUAACUGGGAUAGAAAGGUGUUCACCAAAUGGUUGUCAAAGACUGUUAAGGACAUAGCAUGCACCUUCUCGUAUGGAGGAGGGGAAGUGAUCCACAAGAUCUCCUUCCUGGUUAGCGACGAACUGCCAUUCGAUAUGUUACUGGGCAUGUACUACCUUGAAGUCUCGCAACCUCAGUUUGACUGGGAUAAAAAGGUGUUGAUUCACAAGUUGCCCAAUGGUAGAACUCUCGGGCUGAUGUCGACGAAACAGGACACCGGGGCACUGCCACGACGCAGUGCCAGGCUCGCAGAUCGCAGCCACUCUGUGGUACCUCCACGAACCAAGUAUCAUCAUCAGCGACUCAGUAGGCGAACGACUCCAGCGGCAUCGAGUACAGCAACUGCAGUACUGGUUACCACCGGGACUCUUCCCGCAUGUCCGAUCCAAAGGGACCACGAGCCGUUGUCAGAUUACCUUCAGCGGGUACAAGCAUUUACGGAUGUCGUCGCCACCGCUAAGGCACAGCAUGAGGCAGCAGAGGCCGAACGUCAGUGGCUGGCCAAUGAGGUGGCAGCCCAAGCUCAGCAGACUGCUGAGGCUGACGCAGCGGCCCGAGAGAGACGGAAUGUCGCCAGCACUGAGUCCCUGAUUCAAAAUGAGAAUCAGUGGACAAUGUUACUCCAGGGCAUGAUUUUUGUGCCUACGGACGCGCAGGCCGAUCCGACACCGGCGGAGCCAGAAAGGAGUAACCUGGCUAACCUGAUGUUGGGCAUGACGAGAGCGGUCAUGUGGAACAACAAAAUGCUGCAGGUACACCUGCUCGCGGAACGACAGCUCAGACAGAAGCAGCAGCAAGAUACUGCCGCCUUAACAGCUGUCGUCCACGCCGCAGCAACACAGCAGCAGCAACAGCACCAGCUGUUGAACUCCACUCUCACACGCGUCAACAGCAUCGAGGCUCAGGCCUCAGCAGCGCCAGGCUGCACGACAGACACGGCAAAGCAGCUCGGGGAGCGCAUCGACCAUGUCGUCAAUCUGAUCGGCGAAUUAGGUGACUUCACUAGUCCGGCCACAAUCAGCACCAUGGUGGCCGCCAUCAAGACGGACAUCACCAAGCUGCAGUCAAGAUCGGAUGCCGCUCCAAAGGCAUACAAGAUGCCGCGCUUCAACACCGGCAAGUUUGACGACUACAACAAGACGAACGCUCUGACAUGGUGGCAAGGCUUCCUCACCGAAGCAUCCUGCCUCUCUGUACCGCCCGACGACAUAAUGAAAGCGCUCUACCUCCAACUCACUGGAGGAGCACAGGCAUGGAUGAACCAUACCGCGGCCAAUUUGAAAUGCACCAUUGCCCAACUCCACACGCACAUUCUGUGGAAGGAGUUUGAGCAAAUGUGGUUCAUUCGAUUCAUGGUCCGCAACGUUGUAAAGGCGGCCAUGAACGAGGUCUACACCAGCUCACAAGGGAACAUGCCAACUCGAGACUGGACGAUCAAGUGAAGAGAAGAUAGUAACCACUCCAGGCUUCGACUUGACUUUUCCAAACCAACGAUCCAAAUUCUUUUCACGAUCGUGCACAGGACUGCGCACUCGGCAACAAGUACGACUAUGCCUCAUUCCAGGCUAUUCUGGAUCGUGCGAACCUGGUCAUCCAAACAGAUGACAAGGCCGCUAACGAACGGCAGUCCCAUCCGCACUACGUGGCUAAGCCAGGCUACCAACGACCGACACAUAACAAUGUCGUGAUUCCUCACGAAUCAAUCGAUCUCCACGCU